GAGGGAGGGUAGUUAGACAGACAGAGUCAAACGCAACUCCAGAGCCCACAGAGACCAGUGGCUGCUGGCACUUCUAGUGUUUUUUUUUGUGUCAUUUUGUUUAAACAUACAGUUUACACAGUUCCAUCAGAUCUGGACUUUUUUUUCCUUCUCUUUGCGUGUUUGUUGCUCCGGACAAAGGUGUGCUCUGUCUGUGGAGGGGACCGGCCGGAUGCCAUGGAACCGCUGCUGCCCGCAGACACGGACGUGAUGGAGCCAGAGGCAGACAAGGACGCCAGGAGGAAGAUCCAGUUCUCCGUGCCUUCCUCCGGGCCCCCCCAGCUGGACCCGCGACAGGUGGAGAUGAUUCGACGCCGGAGACCGACACCGGCGACUCUCUUCAGACUCACAGACCCGCCUUCACCAGAGGAAGACAUUGGACCUCACCAGUGGGUUCUGGGGGAAAACGGAGCCUUGAAAGCCAAACUGGUUCACGCAUCGACCUACGAGCCGCCGUCACUUAAAGCGGUCCAGAGAAUGGCCCUGGCCCACCUCGCCUCCAUGGACAUGUCCUCUGUGGACAAAGAUGAGCCCUCUUCCGGGGAGGAGGACGAGGAACGGGAGAAGGAGAGCGAGCCGACAGCAUCAGCGUCAGAUCUGGAACACAAACCUCUCAGGGAACCGUCUGCUCCGCCGGACAGUUUGACAAGUGGCCCCCGCCGAGAUGAAGACGAGGCUAAAGAAAGAGAGGAAGAAAAGGGAGAAUGACAAAAAAAAGAACCGGGACUCCGAAGGAGCCUAAAUGUUAAUGUGGAACAGACUUGCGUGGCACCGUGGUGUCCAGUGUGUGCGCGUGUAUGGGUGGACGUGUGAGAGUCCGUGCUAUGUGGGUCUGCGGGUGUGAGCAUGAAUGAGACCAAGGAAGUUAAUGUGGAAAAGAGGUGGAAGGUUAAUGAGCAGUUAUGAGGCAAACUUUAACGAGAGAUGGAAACCGCGGCUCGGCCAGGCGAGGAAGCCGGGGGGUCGGUUCCACUCGGCCGAGGGUUCUGUCCAAGGUUACAUCAGAACUGCACUUCUUUGUUUAAACAGGAUUCAACAGAAACGUGAGACUAUGGCUGAUUUGUUUGAGAAGCCUAAAACCACGUGUGGAGAAUCAGAUUAUAAAUGUACCUUUUCUUCACACACAUGCACACUGGUCACAUGUCACGUGGUGCUGGACCACACAUUUCAAAGACAACCACAACGAGCGGAAUGACCGCUGAAGAUAAGCCGGCGUAUACAAUGUAUGCAUAUUAAAGAUUUGUUCAUCUGUAGUCUGAUGGUGCAACAAUGUUUGAGGGUCCUGAUGAAGUUAUUUUAUCGUAUUUGUCACAGUUCAACUGCAGAUUAUCUAAAAGGUCCAAACACAAUUACAGUAUAUGAUACACAGAUAUGGCACACUUUAUGACUUGCAUAUAAAUGCAUACUAUCAUAUAAAAAGUAUAUAGUAUAUUGAAACCAAUAUACUAUAUACUGAGCCAAUUCCCAAAAUCAUGAAACCAAAGAAAGUCAAACAAUCAGAGGAUGUUUUGCAGACAAUUUGAGUGCAGUCUUAACCACAUAUGUAUCAGAUUAAAUCAUAACAGACAAGUCCAACUAAUAAUGCUGCUGCAUCACAGUUUGAUAAUAUAAACAAGCCCAGGAUGAUCAUUGGAAACUGGAUGAGGACGUAUUUUUUCAAAAAUGUAUAUGAUGAGUGUGGAGGUUCAUUUUUUACCUUGUUCAUAGAAUAUGUUUUGCGAUGGCUGCUUAUCAAACAAUUAUAAAAGUUUGUGUGAAUGAAACUUAAUCUGCAGGAAUGUCAACGCCUCGAUCAUAUUUCUUUUCAUAUUUCUUUUCUAAGAAAAGAAAGACAACCUACUUUAUUUGGCAUUCUACAACGAGAGAACAUGUCAUUUGAACAUGUGGGAUUGGGUUAUAAUGUUUGAAUACAGCAAAUGACAACACAACGCGAGUUCUGACCAAGAAUGUUUUUGCACUUUCAUGGUCUUUUUUUUGUGUCCUCUUGUGACCGGCCUUGGAUUAAUAUGUGUAGUCUACAAUAUUCCCAACAAAGUCAGCGGAUCAGAUAAACCACAAUGCUCAUAAUAUUCGUCCUUACGAUUAUAAUAAAGAGCACGAUUUAGCAUGCAGCAUUUUCCUAUAAAGCAAUGUACUCCCCCAGAAACAAUCCCUCCUGACCAUCAUUUACCACACAUAAGAGGUGUGUGUUGCUUCCCAUAUCUAGACCCUGCUCUCUCCUACGCUAUUUUCCUCUUAACAUGCUCUGUUUGGUAUGUUUCUGGCACCGCAAGCAAAUUAGCAGCUCACAUGGUUUUCAGCUUUAUCCGGUCUGGCAUUUUUACAUAUAUUUCUAAAGCACAUAAUACCGUGAAAGGCAGAAUACAACCAGGUGGAAACAUGUUGCAAACAAGAUCUCUUUCGCAGUGGCUCGUUUGCCGGAGAGGAGGGCACAACUUCUUAAGAGCUACGUGUUUGAAAAACUCAAACGAACUGAUGGGAAAGAUUAAUAUUAGCCAAGUCUGAGAUAGAAAAGAACUCCAAUGGCCUAUAUUUAAGUAGCUACUCCAGAUAGCAGAGGACGGAUGGCCAGCGAUUAAAAGUUUUAAUUAUUUCAUCGUAUUCUCAAAUGUUUAAGUUGAUA